AGUUGCUUCUUAAAUUCACUGGAAAUUAAAAUAUUAUACUGUAAUAACCCAAAAAAAAAAAAAAAACUUUGCAUGCAAUCCUUCUCAUCCUUAUUUAGAUCUCUCAUCCCUCUCUCACCUUUAUAGAGCACAACCAAGAGCUUCAUUGCUUCUCCCUUAUGGAUCCUAAGAAGUCGAACAAGAUCACCGAUGUCGUUCGGCUCCAAAGGAUCCUCAAGAAGUGGAAGAAGCUCGCUGUCUCCCCGAAGAACAGCAAUCCAACAACCACCAACUGCAACAAAAGCAUCAAGUUCCUAAAGAGGACCCUCUCCUUCUCCGACAACAACGAUCCGGUGCCCAAAGGCUACCUCGCUGUGUGCGUGGGGAAAGAGCUGAAGAGGUACGUUAUCCCGAUGGCCCACCUGAGCCACCAGGCUUUCGGGAUUCUACUCCAAGAGGCUGAGGAGGAGUUCGGGUUCGAGCAAGAGGGAGUGCUCAAGAUCCCAUGUGAGGUGGCCCUGUUUGAGAAGAUCCUCGAGGCUGUUGAAGAUAAGAGGUCGGAGUUCGACUUCUUCUCCAGUGGACAGUUCGGGUACGGCUGUAAUGGCACGGGCGAGGAAACAAGGGGAUGGUGCCGGUCGCCCGACUGUGACCUAACAUCGAGUCCUUGUGAUCGCUCCCCACUCUGCAGAUAGAUAUAUGUGAAAUGUAAUUGAUUUUGCUCACCGCGCCUUUUUUGCAAUUAGGACAACUUCACUUGUAAUGAGGUGAGAGUGUUCACAUUGGAGAUAGGAAAACAUAAUUGAAAAUAAUGUGAAGCUUAUACAA